AUGGCUUCAAGAUCUGCGGAAGGAGAACAAUCAACUCAGGCUGAAGAUGAUUAUAACGCCAUGCUUUCAACCACCGAUGUUGAACUUCUCAAACGAGCUUGGCGGAACGAGAAAGCAGCCCCAGAGAUUCUUCCUUUUCAAUCUGAUUUGAUCGCCCGAGUCAGAGAACAAAUUGAAUUGAUGGAAGAAACUGUGGAGGAAAAAUCUACUGUUGGGACUGACCAUCUUUCGGUGUCUUUGUAUCAAAUGGACUUGGAUAGAACCCUCUUUCUAUUGAGGUCGUAUCUUCGCACCCGUAUCUUGAAGAUUGAAAAGUACAUGUUCCACAUCCGAAAAACUGAAGAACUUUGGAACAGGCUUUCUAAGGAUGAGAAAAUUUUCACUGAAAGGUGCUCAGAUGACCUAAAGAAACAUCUGGAGGAGAGUGUUCUAUCAAAACUGCCUGAAAAUUAUCAGUCUUAUGAGAGGCAAUCUAUAAUUAGUGAAGAGGAUGACAUGAUUCCAGAACCACGACUAGACACAUUUGUUUUGUGUAGAAGUAAAGAUUAUCUCACAGGCAUUCAGCUUGGAGAUGGACCUGUUGAUGACAGGUCAAAGCUGUUUGAAAUGGAGGCCGGUGUCCUUUACUUUAUAUGUUACAAAUCGAUAAAGCCGCUUGUAGAGAGUGGCAAAAUUGAACUACUAUGA